CCUGUGACCCCUCAGCUCACCGGGCGAUACAUCCGGGCUAUGAGUGCAGAAUGGUGUGCAGCUAAGAUGGCGGUGAUGGUGUUCCAUGGCGACUGGUUGAAGAAUUGGGAGAAAGGGGGCAAAACGGAUUUUGUACAGUUAUGUCGCAGUCUUUCUGAAAAUCGAGGCUACAAUGAUGUAACAUUUAAAGAUAUUCAACAAGUUUUAUACGAGUUGGCGUGGCAUGUUAUAAAGGGCAAUCUAAAACAAGAACAAGCUGCCAGUGCUCUCAGUGAUGUCAUGGAACUUCGAGAUGAUAUGUCAUCCAUCCUGGCUGAUGUUUUCUGCGUUCUUGAUAUUGAAACAAGUUGCAUGGAAGAGAAAAGUAAAAGAGAUCAUUUUACUCAACUGGUUUUAGCAUGUUUGUGUUUGGUUUCGGAUACGGUUCUGAAGGAACGACUUGAUCCAGAGACGUUAGAAUCUCUUGGACUUGUAAAGCAAUCACAGCAGUUCAACCAGAAAUCUGUCAAAAUCAAAACCAAACUAUUUUAUAAGCAACAGAAGUUUAAUUUGUUACGAGAAGAAAAUGAAGGGUAUGGAAAACUUUUUACUGAACUGGGCCAAGACUUAUCUGGAAACCUCACAAGUGACCUAAUACUAGAAAACAUCAAAUCACUUAUAGGUUGCUUUAAUCUGGAUCCAAACAGAGUUUUGGAUAUUAUCCUAGAAGUUUACGAAUGUAGGCCAGAACACGAUGACUUUUUUGUACCUUUGAUAGAAUCCUACAUGUGCAUGUGUGAACUACAGACUCUUUGUCAUAUCUUGGGAUUCAAAUUUAAAUUUUAUCAGGAACCAAAUGGAGAAACACCACCUUCACUUUAUCGGGUAGCUGCAAUUCUACUACAAAACAACUUGGUAGAACUUGAUGAUCUUUAUGUGCACCUCCUUCCACUGGAUGCCAAUAUUCUAGAACACCAUAAACGUGAAAUAGUUGAAGCUAAGCAAAUUGCACGAAAGCUUACUCUGGUAGUACUCUCUGCAGAUAAGCCAGAUGAGAAAGAGAAGGAGAAGGAGAAAGAAGAAGAAAAGAAUGAAAAACCUCCUGACAAUCAGAAACUUGGAUUAUUGGAAGCUCUUCUAAAGAUUGGUGAUUGGUAUCAUGCACAGUGUAUCAUGGAUCAAAUACCACCUUUUUAUGCCACAGCUCACAAAUCUAUAGCACUUGCUCUCUGCCAAUUGAUUCAUGUCAUUACUGAACCCUUAUAUAGAAGGGUUGGUGUACCAAAGGGUGCCAAGGGAGCAGUAAUUCCAUCACUUAAAAAUGAAAGGGCUCCAAAACCAGUAGAAACUUUUGAAGACUUAAGAAAAGAAGUUUUCAGUAUGCUAUGCUACCUUGGACCUCACCUAUGGCAUGAUCCUAUCUUGUUUGCUAAAGUGGUUCGUAUAGGCAAAGCAUUCAUGAAAGAGCAUUCAUCAGAUGGCAGUAAACCGGAUGACAAGGAAAAAAUGGAUUCACUUGUGAGUUGUUUCCUCAGUAUUACAGAUCAAGUGUUGCUGCCAUCCCUUACAUUAAUGGACUCCAAUGCAUGUAUGUCAGAAGAGCUUUGGGGAAUGUUGAAAACAUUCCCAUACCAAUAUAGGUACCGUUUAUAUGGACAGUGGAAAAAUGACACCUACAGUAGCCAUCCUCUACUGGUCAAAGUCAAAGCUCAGACUAUUGACAGGGCCAAGUAUAUUAUGAAGCGAUUGACUAAGGAAAAUGUAAAGCCUUCUGGAAGACAAAUUGGAAAGCUGAGUCACAGUAAUCCAACUAUCUUGUUUGAUUAUAUUUUAUCCCAGAUUCAGAAGUAUGACAACCUAAUAACACCUGUUGUGGAUUCUUUGAAAUACCUCACUUCUUUGAACUAUGACGUCUUGGCAUAUUGCAUCAUUGAAGCUCUCGCCAAUCCUGAGAAAGAGAGAAUGAAGCAUGAUGACACCACCAUCUCUACCUGGUUGCAGAGUCUGGCAAGUUUUUGUGGUGCCAUUUUCAGAAAAUAUCCAAUAGAACUUACUGGUCUUCUGCAGUAUGUUGCAAACCAACUAAAAGCUGGGAAAAGUUUUGAUUUGCUGAUUCUAAAAGAAGUGGUGCAGAAGAUGGCUGGUAUUGAAAUUACAGAGGAAAUGACAACAGAGCAAUUGGAAGCCAUGACUGGUGGAGAGCAGUUAAAAGCGGAGGGUGGUUACUUUGGACAGAUUAGGAACACAAAAAAGUCAUCGCAACGGCUAAAAGAUGCAUUGUUGGACCAUGACCUGGCACUUCCUCUUUGUCUCCUCAUGGCACAGCAGAGAAAUGGUGUUAUCUUUCAGGAAGGGGGUGAGAAGCACCUCAAAUUAGUUGGAAAAUUAUAUGACCAAUGCCAUGAUACCCUGGUGCAAUUUGGAGGAUUUUUAGCUUCAAAUCUAAGUACAGAAGACUACAUCAAACGAGUGCCUUCAAUUGAUGUCCUUUGUAAUCAGUUUCACACACCACAUGAUGCUGCGUUUUUCUUGUCCCGUCCAAUGUAUGCGCACCACAUUUCGUCCAAAUAUGAUGAACUGAAGAAAGCUGAAAAGGGGAACAAACAACAACAAAAAGUUCACAAGUAUAUCAAUGCAUGUGAAUUAGUGAUGGCACCUGUGCACGAUGCUGUGGUCUCCCUUCACCCUCCCAAAGUAUGGGAUGAUAUCAGCCCUCAGUUCUAUGCCACAUUUUGGUCUCUUUCCAUGUAUGACCUUGCUGUCCCCAGCUCAAGUUAUGACCGAGAAGUAAACAAAUUGAAGGUCCAAAUGAAAGCAAUUGAUGACAAUCAGGAAAUGCCACUAAAUAAGAAAAAGAAAGAAAAAGAACGCUGCACGGCUUUACAAGACAAACUCCAAGAAGAAGAAAAGAAGCAGUUAGAGCAUGCCCAUAGAAUUCUGCAGAGAUUAAAGCUUGAAAAGGACAACUGGCUACUUGCUAAAUCAACCAAAAAUGAGACCAUCACAAAAUUCCUCCAAUUGUGCAUCUUCCCAAGGUGUAUUUUCUCAGCUAUAGAUGCAGUUUACUGCGCUAAGUUUGUAGAAUUAGUUCAUCAGCUGAAGACACCGAACUUUUCAACACUUCUGUGUUAUGAUCGGGUCUUUUCGGACAUUAUUUAUACUGUUGCAAGUUGCACAGAAAAUGAGGCCAGUCGGUAUGGAAGGUUUCUCUGUAGCAUGUUGGAGACGGUCACCAAAUGGCACAGUGAUAGAACAAUAUAUGAUAAGGAAUGUGGAAAUUACCCAGGGUUUCUCACAAUAUUACGAGCAAGUGGAUUUGAUGGAGGAAACAAGGCUGACCAAUUAGAUUAUGAAAAUUUCAGACACGUUGUACAUAAAUGGCAUUACAAAUUAACCAAAGCAUCUGUGCACUGCCUUGAAACUGGCGAGUAUGUUCAUAUCCGGAACAUAUUGAUCGUGUUGACUAAAGUCCUCCCUUGGUAUCCCAAAGUAUUGAAUCUAGGUCAAGCAUUGGAGCGAAGAGUGCAUAAAAUUUGUCAAGAAGAAAAGGAGAAAAGGCCUGAUCUCUAUGCUCUAGCUAUGGGCUAUUCUGGCCAGUUGAAAAGUAGGAAACCAUACAUGGUUCCUGAAAAUGAAUUCCACCACAAAGAUCCCCCAGCAAGGAGUGCAACGCCUGCAACAGUUCAAAAUGGACCAGGCACAGUCACACAACCUGCUGCAGCAACUACCAAUGCAGCUAAAGCAGAAGAAGGCACAAAUGAGGAGACUGCAGAUAAACUGAAGGAGAAAUCUCAGAGUGCCAUUAAAGUUACUAACAAAGCUGCUAAUGCAACACCCAAAGUCACAGCCAGCAAUGGAAGUAAUGCUGUAAAUAGCAACAAAGUAACAAAAGAGAAGGAAGAAAAAGAAAAAAGUGGGAAAGAAAGAGACAAGGAGAAGACAAUUCCAGCUGUCCCUCCAGAGGCAAAAACAACAGUUAAAGAUGCAAAGGAGAAAUUGAAAGAAGAACGGGCAAACAAAGAGGAAAAAGUACGGGAGACCAAGGAGAAAACACCAAAAGCUGAAAAAGAGAAGGAGAAAGAGAAAAUCAGGAAGGAAGAGAAGACAGCAAAGGAUGAUAAAUCCAGGUCGACAUCCAGUUGUCCUGAAACAAAGCCACACUCGGAAAAGGAGAAAGAAAAGGAACCAUCCAAGGAGAGAGAUGCACUAAAGGAAGCCAAAUCCAAAGAAAGUCACACAGGCACUAAAGGAGAAAAAGCAGCUGCUGGGUCCUUGAAGUCCCCAGUUCCACGUUCAGAAUCUUCAGAGUCUGAGAGGGAACAAAAACGACGCAAGCUUGAUUCCCACUCUUCACCGUCACAUUCCACUACUGUAAAGGAUGGUCUCGGAGAUCACAAGGAAUCUUCAGCAAAGCACCAUAGCCCGCAUCACACCAACCAUAGUACAGGCACACAGUCAAAGAGCAAAGAAAGGGAGGUGGAGAAGAAAGAGGUGGAGAAGUUGAGGGAUCGCUCAAGAGAGCGAGAAAAGAAAGAAGACAAAGAAAGAAAAGAUCGCAAAAGGGAUCAUUCAAACAGUGACCGAGAGAACAUACAAGAAUCAAAAAGGCGUAAAGAUGAAAAUGGGACAGGUGGCUCUGGAAAAAGGAGUAAAAGUGCAAGUCCUGCAGAUUCCCCACGUUCAACUGAAAAGGAGAAAAAUAAGAGUUCAAAAUCUAGCUCUGGUAAAGACAGGGAUAAAAAUGAUUCCAUCAAACUAGAAAAACUAGAAAAGAGUUCAACAACAAGCAAGAAGGAAUCUAGACAUGAUAAAGGAGACAAAAAAGAGAAGCGUGAGAGUGGAGGUUUGAAAGAAGACAAAAAACAUCAUAAAUCAUCAGAAAAACAUAGAUAAUAAAGAAUGACACAACUCAUGGUUCCCCGUCCCUCACCCACCUUAUCCCCAUUGGAUUACAAGCUGCUGCCAUGGAUUUAUUUGUGCUACUGAAUUUUGGAUACUUGGACUUCAUUUGUAAGGAUGGCAAAUCACGACAGAGGACCUAACCGAAGCCUAUUAAAAUAUUUUGUUGAAUUCCUUUCACUCCAUUUCUGUUGGCCAUCGUUUAAAAGUUGAGUUGUGUUGUCUUUUAACUUGAUGUUUUGUCUGUAUGCAUGUCAUUUUCAGUAUAAUACUAGCAAGUGGUUUGCUCUUUAAUAUAAGCACAAUGUGCUGUACACAGCAAAACCACAGAGUAUAUUUUGUAGUCACUUUGAGAACGGACUGGCGUCUGCUACAGACUGUCUACAACCUUUUGUCUUCACCUUUAUGGCAAUGAAGAUAUUUGUAUAUUAUGUAUACACUAGUAUAGUGAUUGUGUGUAAUUAAAAUCAGCCAUUGUUUAAUUUACUGAUUAAAACUAUCCUGUGCAGCAUCUUGUGUUUAUUCCAUGAAUUGUCAUUGAAGAAAAUGAAUUGCAAGAGUUGUCCUUUAAAAGAUUAAAUUAGGUUUAAAUUGUACAACUACAGGAGAUUUCUAUUUCCAUGAAUACCUAUGUUUCGUCAUAAAUUUUCAAGAUUGCAUUUGAAUUUUUUAUCUGCUGUAUUCUACCAGUGUAAUCUUUUUCUAAAUAAAUGGAUAGUUUUCUCAGUCGGUCA